GGACAGCUGCAGCGGCACCGCGUCCGCGCCCGCCUCGUUCCCUCUCUCUCUCUCUCUCUCUCUCUCGCUUCCCCUCUUCUUCUUCGUCGUCUUUUUCUUCUUCUUCGUCUUCUUUUCUUCUUCUUCUUCUUCCUUCUUCAUUUGCUAUUGCCAAUUGAUUAAUUCAUUUCCGUUGCACAAAUUGAUUAGUAUUAAUUUGUGUAUCGACGACAGAUCUAUGGGUAUGGGUAUGGGUAUGAAUGGAGGGGGCAGGGUGCACCACGACAUCGACAUGGUAAUUCCCAUCUACAACAACCAGAUGAGGAAUAAGAAAUCAACGAAUAUUAAUGGAUCAUCAUCGUCUUCAUCUGUUAUUGCGCUGCACGCCAUUCCCCUUCUACUCAUCCUCUGUGCAGCAAUUCUCUGGUUUUUCUCUUCCCCAGUCGAAAUGAGCGAAGGUGGUGUCUCCAAGCUUUAACAGCCAUGGCUGAUGGGCAGCAAUGGCUUGUCCCGCCCCACCCCACCCCACCAAUCCAGGUUGCCUGCCUGUUGCUGUUAGUUGGUAAUUAGUAUAAUCAAUCAACCUCAAGAACACACCCACCCCCACCCCCACCCCCCAAAUUAAAUUUAAAUAGUAGUCUAGUAGAUGAUUUCAUUUACCAUUAAUUCAUUAUAAUUUUUUCUUUUUUACAAGUACCUCUACAUUUCUUGACUACAAAGGGAUUUGCUGGAUUUAAAUUGAAUCUUAAUGUACCUCUACAUUUCUUGACUACAAAGGCAUUUGCUGGAUUUAAAUUGAAUCUUAAUUUAAAUAAUAUUCCCUCCGGACGGACCAUAUUGUCA